GUUUAGUCCACAGCCUACCGUUGUAUCGAGCUACGUGACGCGAGUGUGCCUGACACACAAUUGUUUGUGAAGUACUUCCAUACAAGGUGUUUCCACGGAGGAAGACGAGGGUUCUACCUGUGAUGUGUAAGGAAGGUUUGUUUGUCAACUGCUCAUCGAGAAGUACAGUCCCUCGUGUGCAUACUUCCACUGCCUAUAGGCGACACUUCCAUGCAGAAGACUAGCUGAUAUGAUUAUGGACAAGGAGAAAGGUAACAAGUUUAGAGUCGUCUUCAGUGAAAACCAGCCGGGUUUAUCCUUGACAAACCAACAGCAGCAGCCCUACCAUCUGGUCAUCGACAAUGAUGCAGUGCGCCUCCGGGACCUAACGUCAAAUGACCUCAUUUUAGAAUGGCCUUACAACUACGUCAGGAGGUACGGCACUUCACCAAACAAAUUCACAGUGGAGGUGGGGAGAAAAAGCGCCACAGGCGAGGGGACGUUCGAGAUGGAGACAACGGAAGGCCUGGCCAUUUUGGACAAGAUCCAUGAGGUAUCAAAACAAAUCUUGGCCAAACGUGGUGCGAAGAAACCAACGAUCCCCAAAAUCGAUAACGUAUAUACAGAGCCGUACACUCAAUUGCCAAUGAGACCGAGAGAUAAUAAACUCAAGGGUGAAGUUCCGGAUGAGAAAAGUAAAGAGUCACUGGCUGCAAAUACAGCAGCGCCUUGCUUUGAAACAGGUGAUGGUGUGACCGUGACACGCAUCGGGCAGGGAUCGAAGCCUGCAGAAUCACCUAGAUUAGAACCUCCUGUGCCACCUAGAUUAGAACCUCGAGUUUCAUCCACAUUAGAACCCCCAUUGCCACCUAGAUUAGAACCUCGAGUUUCAUCCAGAUUAGAACCCCCUUUGCCACCUAGAUUAGAACCAGAACAAACUGGAUCAGAACCCCCUGUGCCUCUUAGGUUAGAACCCCCAGGACCACCUAGAACAGAAACUAGGACUCUUACUGGAACUGCCCCGAGGAACCGCACUGAAUCAGACCCUAGGGCACGUACUGGAUCAGAAACGGACCUGUACCUGUCGCCGACGGUCAUGGAAUCUGUGGGCGUCAACAAAGACGACGGAGGUGUUGUUCCACGCGUUGGUGCGACCCCCACACCACACACAUGUGAUGAUGAAGAAAAAGGAAACUAUUGGACAUCUACAUCAAAGGAGCCUCGAACCCGUUACAGGUAUGAACGGCUGAAAAUAAGUGACGAUGAUUCCAGGCGCCAGGUUGACCCAAAACCCGCACCCGGCAAGUUAGUUGUUUUUUGAUUUACCAAAGAGCGAAUGUCCAAAGCAGCCUCGUAGUGGCUAUGAAAAUGUGAAAGUUUUAAAAAGAUGAAACCGCAAUGCGUACCUAAUACAUAUACAGCUUGAUCUGAGCUACUCAACAUAUGCAUGACCCGGGAGGUCAAAUGGCACAAACGGCAGGUCGAGUUAACUUCAUUAAAUAGGGGAGCAUUUUCCUUUCUUGUUCUAUUCGGCCCAGGCUUGCACUGGAAACACCAGUUGCUGCUGCUGCUCGCUGCCUUAAAGCCCGAAUCGGAAACAUUAAACCAUCUGUAGCUUCUUUUUAAAGAAAGAUAGGGCAUCGCUGACGAUUUCUCGAAACUGAGAUGUCAAACGGCGACCUUGUCUCGGCUGUUCGGACAAGUUGCCAAUCAACUGACAAAGGCGCACUCCUUCACAAUAAUAGACCCAACCAGUUGUGACACGGUCACGCAGUGAAUUAGUAUUCGCUUGAUCAGGUCAAGCUGAACAAGUUGAAGGAUGUACAUUCCAAACUGACUGAACCUGAGGGCCCUGAUAUGAGCUGACUGUUUGUUAAUGACUAAUGAUAAUCCGUGAUUUUUGUUAACUUAUCUCAUCUUUUCUUUAAAACUUUUGACACAAAAAUUUUAAUCCAACAAAAUGCUCAUUUGAGGACAUUUCAAAUUAAAGAUAAUAAUGCUCAUAUAAUGGGCAGAAUACAAAUGUAGACUUACGUAAAUCUGUUCAGAACAGAACGCUCGCAAUAAAUUCAAAGCCACAAAUAUGCAUUCCGUACCCGUAUAUUUCUUCUGUUCAUUUUACAGGACAAGAAAUUCAAAGAACUUACACUGUGAGAGUGCUCAGUUUAUUAUCAAAUACUUUAUAUUUGUAUAUUUUCUGUAUGUAUACAUUUUGCAUAUAUUUGCCACAAAUUUCAUUUUCAUUCUAAACACUGAUAUUGAAAUAUCACUUAGAUUAUCUUUCAUGUCAUGGCUCAAGCUGAUGUAAAGCACUUCCCAGAGAUAACCAUAAACCAUAAACCAUAUACCAUUGAAAGUGUCAACUCAAUCUAUUGUUUCAUGCACCAGUGAAUUACUCAAUGGCCAUUGUAUUGGCAGCCGGACGCGGUAAUAACACAUUUACCAUCUUGAAACGGUCACGUGACUACCCAUCCAAAACCUCCACCAAAGAAUCUAUUUCUUGUAUUUGGAGAUACAAAAAGAAAUGUCCAUCCUAAAAUAUACAUUGGUGAGAAGGAAAUACCGUCCAAUACACAUGUAAAAUUUGCUGGUCUCCAAAUCUAUUCAUCCGGUAAAACCAUAGAACGUACGCAGUUUGUAUGUGAAAGGCUUAGGAUACUCUUUAAUGUCAAUAAGAGCCAUGGCCUGUGUUUUGGUGGCCUUAACCCACUCUGUUGUGUCCGUAUUUUGGAAAGAAUUAUUCUGCCAUGCGGUUUGUACACUUGUAAUGUAUGGGCCCGUUUACCUGUACAGGAAUAUGAUACACUUCGUUAGGAUGAGGAAGCCACAAUAACUCGGUGCGCCUAGUUUCUGCAAGAGUUGUAUACUCCCCAGGGAGUUGAGAUUGAUAAUGCGGUGGGCCGUUGAGAUUGACAUCCAAUGAUCGAAGGAAAAUGUACCAGCGCCUUGAGCAUGCACUAGUGCGUGGCUAUGUGCGCUAUGUAAAUAUCCUAUACUAAUGCUGGAAACUGUACAAAGCUAGUUUUGUAAGAGUAUCCAAGGCCUUUCAAAACGUGGAUCAUCCACAAUAGCCAGAGACAGUCUCGCCCUGGUCACACUACGAAGAUAUAUCCACCAGAAGUCCUUGCUAUUUCUCGGUAAACUAUAUGUAACAGCGAUACUGAAGUUGUCUUUAAGAAAGUGCUUGUGCAUAGACUCUGUCAGUACAGACAAACCUCAUCACUGGAGAAAAAGCGAUAUAGCAAGUCAUCGCCAAUCUUGUCACAAUGUAUGACCUAGAUAUGCAUUUAUACAACUAUGUAAACCAAUCUUCUUUCUCAACGAAGGCUGAGUGGUCUGUACUGGGUAACUGACUGACUGACUAAGUUUGGUUUUAUGACGCUUUUAGCAAUAUUCCAGCAACAUCACGGCGGGGGACACCAGAAAUGGGCUUUCUUCGGCGUGACGAGCCAACGCUUUAACCAUUAGGCUACCCCACCGCCCCCUGUACUGGUUAAAGAAAGAAUACUUAAAGCUGAGGAUUCAUAUGUUGCUUCUAUAACGAGGUUGAGACUUAACCUUGAAAGAUAUCCGACUAUAAGAUAUUCUAAAAAUGUUCACAGACUAUGAUCUGCAUGUUAUAAAACGCCAGAGUGUUUCAAUAAUAUUGCUGCUCUUUUACGUAUCAGCACACUGAGCAUUCAGUCUCUUGAGUGUGAAUGUGGCAUAGUUGCCUAUGAUAUUGUAAAACAUGUAUUUCUGCACUGUGCUCUCAUACAAAGUAGUAGAAACGCUUUGAUUGAGUCACUAGUUGACAUGCUAGAUGUUGACACUUUUGUCAGUUUAUGGAAUAAUGAAGACCUAUUUGUGUCAUUUAUGCUCGGUGGUCUACCAAAUGUACAUGUUCAAGAGCUUGAACAAGAAAUGUGGUUUAAAUGUAUAAAACUUAUCGCAAGCUCUGUAAAACCCUGGCUACGUCAACUAAAAUACCUAUUCUAAUUUUGAUCAUCACACUCUGUAUCCUGUAAAUACAUAUAUAUAACCUAUGUUACAACCUGCUGUAUCUCCGACUUCCGAGGAAAUAAAGAUUAUCUAUCUGCUUGAGUGAUCAUUGACUUCCGGAAUUCUCCAUUACAUUUUAAGGUAAGUUCUCUUGUACGAUACUAUUAAUUACCUUAGAUAAUGUCAUGACUAAAAUGUAUUAUUUAUGAAUAGAAAGCGGUAAUAUAAUGUAUACAGUGUUUACAUGAACAUUGUCAUGCAUAAUAUCUCAGUCGUUAUUGAAUAUGCAAAUGAAUUAGAUGUGUUGUCAUGGUUAGUUGUGCCUAUACUACACUCAUGUAUGGACUCAAUAAAUCUACUCUAUAUGUUAAUAUGCUGAUAGUGAACUAAUAUGAAUAACUAGUUUAUUGGCAAAUAUCAUUUUUGUAUGAUUUAUAUGACGACAGCUGAGGCAUAAUUGAGAUAUGUGUUAAAAUGAUUUGUAUGCACGGUCAUGAAUGAUUAUUAUAUGAUGUCAGCUUGAAAGAAGAGAAUUAUUGUGCAAUUAGAAUUGCUAUGCAUACAAGCUCUACCGUUUGAGCUGCUAAUUCCCCUUUGAAAUAUGUAUAUAAGCUGAUUGUUUGAAAACCUUUUAUGUAUGUGUAUUUAUGUACAACGCACUUGACCUCACAAUAAAUAUUGAAGGAUU